AUGAAAUUUGUGGCUGCAGAUUUAGGACAAGUUUUGGAAUUCAAGAACAAGACCCCUUUGAUUGUGGUGGACUUCACUGCUUCAUGGUGUGGACCAUGCCGUUUCAUUGCCCCAAUCUUGGCGGAGCUGGCCAGGAAGACCCCGGAGGUCACAUUCCUGAAGGUGGAUGUUGAUGAGCUGAAGAAAGUUGCUGAGGACUGGGCUGUGGAGGCAAUGCCUACCUUUAUGUUUCUUAAAGAAGGCAAGAUUGUCGGUGCUAACAAAAAUUUGAGCUUGUGCUCAAAGUAGGCCAACAUGCUGCUGCAGCUGCAACUGCAUCUGCUUGGUAUUAUCUGGAGAGAAUAUGAACCUCCUACUGCUUUAGUGUUCUUUUAUGUGUGUGUAUAUUGCUACCAUAGUUUCCCUUGUUAUGUGAACCAUCUGUGAAUGCUUAAGAUGUUCAGAAUCUUAAGAUGAUAUUCUAGCUAUGCAAUGUAUUAAAUUGAGUC